CAGUUCAUAAACUGGAAUGAGAGUGUAAACAUUUAUUUAGUGAAUUGGAGAUGAAAUUGCCGUAAAGGAAUUAUAAAUCAUACGAAAGAUAUGAUUUUUAAAUAUGUGAUUUACAGCUUUUAGACGCAAGGCGCUCAAAAAACAAAAUUAUAGCGUCCAAUCAGUUGCCUGUUGUGCGUUGUACGAUUAGCCAAUUAAAAAACGAAAAACAAAAACAAUGCUGACAAUACUCGACUUGCCUGAUGAAUGCUUGAUAAACAUUUGUAAGCGAUUGGAUCACGAUAUCCAGCGUUACCACUGGGUGAAUGUGUGCGAAAGAUUCCAGUACAUCUACUAUGAGUAUUUCCAUAACUGGACGGAGGUUAAUGAUUAUUUAGCUCAAAACUUUGGUCACCUAAUCGGCACCGACGAUUUUCCGAUGCAAAUAAUCAAACGAAUUAAUUUAUCGAAAUCAAAGUGUUCUAAAAGAUUUUUAAAUAAACUACGCAACUCUCAUCCAGAGAUUGAGGAAGCAAAACUCUUUUCGUUCACUGAUCAGCAUAUGGCAGAGCUUUUGCCUUUGCCAAAUCUGAAAGUUUUAAUAUGCAUUGGCACCUACGAUCUAAGUGGUAGAAAUUUGAUAGACCUCUGCCGACUCACUGAGCUACACAUUCACACCAACAAAUUCAUAUAUUCGGAAAAUUUGAUUCACACCACCUACCACAAUCCACUGCGAGUGCUAGUAAUUCCCAAUGAUCAGGGAGUAUUCUCCGAAAAAUACGCGUUUGAAAUGGUCGAAAACUUAAAGUAUCUCGAAAAGCUUGUGGUUGAGUAUAAUCACUGCAAAUCUUGGCAAUUGAUUGGCACUUUACCCCUACUAAAGAAGCUUGAGAUUUGGGAUUUCGUUAUUCACGGAUGUGAUUCAUGCGCAGAGAAACCCGGUUUAUAUGAUACGUGUGCUCCCAAUCACGACAAAAUCCUAUUUGAUGAACUACGCAAAAGAAAUCAAUUGGAGGAGCUCAUUUUCUAUGAUGGUUAUCUAACUGGAUUUCAUCUAAACGGAAUUUCUGAAUUGAGAAGCUUGCGGAUAUUGAAAUUUUCGCGAGUCAUUAUAUCACUCGAAGUCUUACACAAAGUUCCACUCGAUAUAUUUAAAGAUUUAGUUAAUUUGGAGGAGUUACAUUUUGAUGGCGGUCAGGAAAUAAUUCCAGAAGAAUCACUCGAAUUUAUAAAAAAUUGUCAAAAAUUAAGAGUCAUAAAUUUUUGGUACGCAACUGGCAUAAAUGCGAACUUUAUUUCGAACGCAAAUGAUAUCGUAAGUAAAAGGAAGUCGUCAACGGUUAAACCUUUAACGCUGGGAUUCAGCUUUAUCACGAACGAGAUGAUCAGAGGAUUGUGUAUUCGGACACCACUUUUGCAUAUAAGAAUUACGAUCUUAAGAAGGAAAUUUGUUGCUGCAGAAGAAUCGUAUUUGAAAAGUGAAGACGAAUGUGUGAGCCAAUCGGAUGUACAAGGAGAUUUGUUGAAGAGGAAAUUUUCAGUCAUGAAUAUGGUAGCCGAAGAGAGGGAAGUUGACAUGGAAAUCAUAGCUAGAAUGGCAGCAAGGGCAGAGUCAGGAAAUGAAAGUGAACAGAACGAAUAAGAACACAAGAGUUGAAGGAAAAGGGUUGAAAUUUUAUUUAAAAGAUAAAGAGGUUAUAAAUAAUUUGAAUAUAAUACAGCAAAACGAAAAAUAAACAAAAAAAGCAAGCAAGAC